CUUCCCCACAUUAGUUGAUAUCAGAGCCCAGUUAUGUUCUUGCUACCAUGCCACUCAGAAGAAAACAUGUGGAGGAAAUCUACGAGGAUGAGAAAAAUGCGAGGGACGUGAAUCUGGUGGAUAUGGAUGUACAAUAGCACCAACCACAGCGGUGAUCCCAAAAUCCAUGAUAGGUGGAGGGGGAGGAAGAGGAUCUGGUGGAUAUGGAUGAGAUAUCGGAGGAGAUCCGAGAUUUGGACAGGAACUUGGAAGAGAUGUUAACAAAGUACCUCUGUUUUUCAGCUGCUGCCCGGGGAAAGAAAUGUCGUAAGAGUUUUAGCACGGUAUCAGGGAAAACCUCACAAGGCAAGGCUGGUCUUGUUGGAUGUAAAACAUUCCGUUGUGUAUUUUCUUCCUCGGCUUCUGCACAUGACUUGAGAUGUUUUGAUAUAGAAAAGGAGAAACAAGAUGGUGCCUCUCCUAGGGGUGUCAUUGAAGCAUGCAUAUUGGGUUUGGAUAGUGAAUCAGGUUCUCCUAAAACUAACACUUCGGAAAGUGAAUUACAUUCUUAUUCACGGGCGCCUUCUCGCUGGCACAGAUUCUUCAAACUAUGGAAAAGAAGCCCAUUUAGGAGGUUACCCUCCUUUCCUCCUCUUGCCGUGCCAAGAAGAAAGAGCAUAUGUGCAAGAGAAAAAUUGAAUUCUGAUUUAAUCCAUUUCAAGUCUGCAUGGAAGAACUUCACCCUCUCGGACCUCCAGACUGCUACCAACAAUUUUAGCCAAGACAAUUUGAUUGGUACAGGUGGUUAUGCUGAAGUUUACAAAGGCUGCUUGCCAGAUGGGCAACUUGUAGCAAUUAAGCGGCUCAACAAAGGGACUCAAGAGGAGCGGAUAAAAGGCUUUUUAUCUGAGAUUGGCAUUAUAGCCCAUGUAAAUCAUCCUAAUACUGCUAAGUUGAUUGGGUAUGGAGUUGAAGGAGGAACUUAUCUCGUCCUUCACUUGUCUCCGCUUGGGAGUUUAGGAUCACUUCUUCAUGGUUCAAAGGAAAGACUAGAUUGGGGUGUGAGGUACAAGAUUAUUCAAGGGACAGCUGAUGGCCUCCUGUAUCUUCAUGAGAAUUGCCAAAGGCGAAUUAUUCACAAAGAUAUUAAGGCUGAUAAUAUUCUACUUACAGAGAAUUAUGAGCCACAGCUCUUCUACGAGUAUUUCAGAUCAAUGCGGUAUCUUUAA